AAUAAAGAAGAAAAAAAAAAGAUGAGUCAACUUCCUUCUAAUGGGCGUUGCCUUUUCCACGUCGGUGAAAAGUGCAUGAUUGUGGAACACUCGAAAUUCCACGCUUGGAAUAACAACAGCCCGGAUAUGUCCUUUAGCUCAACAACCACCAACAUGUGGGAUGAUCUGGAUUUGCUGUUAGACUCCCCCUCGUCCCUGAGUGUCACAUCCAACACAAGGGGGACGGUGAAGGACAAAGCCGACUUUAAAGUGGAAGAGGAUGUGGCUGCUCUCAGGACGGCGGUGGAAGGCAUCGGCACCACAGAAAAGACCCUGGUUGAGGUGUUGACCCAAAGAAGUAACGCUCAGCGACAGCUCAUCGCCAAAGCCUACGAGAAAGCCGCAGGAAGGACAUUAGUAGCCGAUCUGGAGGGCGACACGCAUGGAGACUUUGAGGACUUGCUGGUAGCGUUGGUGAAAGCGCCUGACGUCUACGACUGCCACGAAGUCAUCAAAGCCAUCAAGGGUGCAGGCACCACCGAGAGCACGCUGACGGAAAUCUUUGCCUCCAGAUCCAACAGACAGAUCAAAGCCAUGUCUGCGGCGUACCUGGCAGAAACCGGAAGGCUGUUGCUUCACGACCUCAAGUCGGAGGUUUCUGGAGAUUACGGAAAAGCUCUGCUCCUCCUGGCAGAGGGCAAGAGAGACGAGAGCGCCGGAGUGGACGGGGCCAAAGCCAAAGCAGAUGCCAAAUCUCUGUACGAGGCAGGAGAGAAGAAGUGGGGAACGGACGAGGGCAGGUUCAUCGAGAUCCUUUGCCACAGGAGUGUUCCUCAGCUCAGACAGACUCUGGUGGAGUACAAGAACAUCAGUAAGAAGACUCUGCAGGAGAGCAUCGAGAGCGAAAUGUCGGGAAACCUGGAGACGCUUCUGGUGGCUGUAGUGAAAUGUGUGAAGAACGUGCCUGCGUACCUGGCAGAGAGGCUUUACGAGAGCAUGAAGGGUUUAGGAACCACAGAGUCCACACUGACCCGGAUACUGGUCAGCCGCUCCGAGAUCGAUCUGAUGGACAUUAGAGCGGAGUACAAGAAACUCUUUGGGUACACGCUCUACUCCCAGCUUGAGUCUGAAGUAUCAGGCAGCUAUGGCAACGCCCUCAAACAUCUGUGCGGCCAGGACUAACGCCCGACUUCCUGUGAUGACAAACACGUGGACGCUUGGCACAUGGAUAAUAAUAAAAGGGACUUUCCAACCAGCGAGACCUGAAAGCAUCUGAAAUUGCUGUGUCACGAAGAAUCCCAUCGAUGCUGGAUCAUACGUCUCAUUGAGGCUUCAAAAGAAAACGAAAACUGAAUUUUGCAUAUGUGACAUUUGUGACUGACAAGCGGUACUCCACAGUAUUUAGUUCCCUCGUGUGUACUACAUAAUACUUGACACAAAUAAACCGCAUUCCACUUGGCA